CGUGCUUUCUCUCUUUAUCACUCAUGCAAGGCUCGCCCCAUGGGCUUGCCCUUAUCUCAGCUACACCUACUUGCACUCAGAUGAGAGGCAACUCAGGAUGAAUGAAGUGGCACACUCAACCACAGCCUGCUGACGUUGUGACUGCCUUUCUCAGUGCCAUGGAAAAGCCCUAUGACCCAGAGGUCAAGUUCAAGGCAAGCAUGGAAGUCACCUCGCCCCGACCUGCCAUUGUGGCCAGAGGACAGUGGUCCAACAAAAUGGAGUUCCUCCUUGCAGUUGCUGGACAAAUCAUCGGGCUUGGAAACGUGUGGCGGUUCCCUUACUUGUGCUACAAAAAUGGAGGCGGGGUGUUCUUUAUCCCUUAUGUACUCUUCCUCUUUACAUGUGGCAUCCCCCUGUUUCUGCUGGAGACGGCUCUCGGCCAGUACACGAAACAGGGAACCAUUACCUGCUGGAAGAAAAUUUGUCCCCUCUUUGGAGGGAUGGGAUAUGGCAGUCAGGUGGUAGUUUUAUACUCCAGCAUCUAUUACAUCAUCAUAUUGGCAUGGGCAUUCUUGUACCUCUUCUCUUCCUUCAGCUCUGAGCUUCCAUGGGCAAGCUGCAGAAACAGCUGGAACAGAGAUACGUGUGUGGAGUUCAGUCAAAGACGUGCUCUCAACUGGACUGUGGCAGAAAAUGCAACAUCCCCUGUGAGGGAGUUUUGGGAGAGAAGAGUCCUGAACAUGACAGGAAGUCUUCAUGAUUUGGGCGGUUUCCGAUGGGAAUUGGCUUUGUGUCUUCUUUUGUCUUGGAUCAUCUGUUACUUUUGCGUGUGGAAAGGAGUCAAGUCCACAGGAAAGGUUGUGUACUUCACGGCCACGUUUCCGUACGUGAUGCUGGCCGUGCUGCUUGUCCGUGGACUCACGCUGCCCGGGGCGAUAGAUGGCAUCAAGUUUUACCUCUACCCGGAACCAUCUCGCCUUGCUGAUCCGCAGGUCUGGAUGGACGCUGGCACCCAAAUAUUUUAUUCCUAUGCUAUUUGCAUCGGCUGUUUGAUGGCACUUGGCAGUUAUAACAAGUACAACAAUAACUGUUACAAAGAUUGCGUUUACUUGUGCCUCCUGAACAGCGGGACCAGUUUUGUGGCCGGGUUUGCAAUCUUCUCCGUUCUUGGCUUCAUGGCUUAUGAGCAGAACACAGAUAUAUCCAAAGUAGCGGAAUCAGGUCCUGGCCUGGCGUUCAUCGCUUACCCUCGAGCUGUGGCCAUGAUGCCGUUUCCACAGAUUUGGGCCAUUUUCUUUUUCAUCAUGAUCAUCCUGCUUGGACUGGACAGUGAGUUUGUAGGUCUGGAAGCCAUUGCCACCGGUAUUUGUGACCUGAAACCUUCCUUCUUCCAUGUUGGGCAUAGACGUAAAAUACUUCUACUCCUCAUCAUUGUUUUCUGUUUCUUCAUCGGCCUCAUAAUGGUCACUGAGGGAGGAUUGUACAUCUUCCAGUUGUUUGACUACUACGCCUGCAGCGGCAUGACUCUGCUUCUCUUUGCCAUCCUUCAGUCUGUGUGUAUUGGAUGGAUUUACGGAGCAGAUCGUUUCUAUGACAACGUCGAGGACAUGAUUGGGUACAGGCCUUCACCACUGAUUAAACACUGCUUGAAAUAUGUUACUCCAAUCAUCUGCAUGGGAACAUUUUUCUUCUCCUUGGUCAAAUACAAACCUCUGAAGUUCAACAACACCAUUGAGUAUCCAUGGUGGGGUUAUGCUCUGGGCUGGUGGUUCACUCUGUCUUCCACGCUCAACGUUCCUUUGUGGAUGGUGUACAACCUGAUUACCACUCCCGGGACACUUCGUCAGGUAAAAUGUUUGAUGUUAUUUUUUUUAAUGAAUUUUACUCUGCUCCAUAACCACAAACUGAUUUUAAAGUUAAGUAAACAUUCAACAUUCUUUCUUGUUAGCGGUUCGCCACCCUAUGCACGCCAUCGGAGGAUCUUCCGUCACCCAAAUUGAACAAGAAAGCACUUGAACUGCGCAACUUGACGCACAAAUCAGACAGGUUCUGAGAACAUCAACAUUGAGCACUUCCAUUGAACACUGUGAGGCACAACAAACAACUUUAAAUAUAUUUACAAAACCAAAGAUGACAUUCACAACUUGGUUUUCUCCUUUCCAACCACGCUAUACUAGAUUAGAAAAUAACCAAUCACGGAGUCAGUGUCUCAUUGUUUGUCCAUUCCUAUCCUCCAAUAUUUGAUUGUUUACAUGAAGGGAAUAAAAAAGGCAAAGUUGUAAGGUAUAGCCAAAAGCUCCACGAUGACAAAAAUGCCAUGCGGUCAUUUACAACUUUUGGACUUCGAUAGGAUAAAACUGUUUUUUGCUUACAAAGGACAAGAACACAGAACCUGGCCAGAGGUCCAAUAAUCACAAAUCCCUUUUUAUCGUUCUUCUAUCAAAAACAUUUAAGUUCAAAUUGAUGAGGCUGUUUUUUUGUUUUUUGUUGAUGAAAGUAUUUAAGUGGAACGGUCGGGGGGCCAAUUAAGCCAUACAGACUAUUUGCCAGUAGAUCAUUGAAAGUGGAAUAAAGCAGAAAUAUUGAGUCCAGACAAAUGGACUUUGUGUGAACUUAGGCCAAGUGAGCCAACAACAACCUUUUUCAGAUUCUAUAAAAGUGCCUUAAACCUUUAAAUUGUUUUUCCAGGAAAAGGGAUCUGCACCAAAUUGUCACCAGAAAUGUUUCACAAUAUUCACUGACAAUUUAAGGAAAAUAUAUCCUGGAUCCAAAACGAGAUUUAAAACCAAGACACCCACUUCUGCAUAUGCAGGAAAUUAAGCAACAAUCCUGGAUCUAUACCCUUAAUUUCUAAAUAAAAAUCCGGGUCAUUUUAUACUGUAUUCCACAAAUUGUCAUCAAAAUCAGUCUCUUUGUUUUGAACAGAAUCCUACUAAACAAACAUAAUCAAACAACCUAAACUAUAAACAGAAGCAAAAACAUUCCAUCCUUUGCAGAGAUAAAAUCGCUAGUAUCCGCUGGCUCUGCAAUAAAACUUCGUGUUCUUCUAUGGCCUUUGCUCCACUCCAUCUCAAAAUUUCUCAGAAAUCAUCGAUAAUCCUUGUUGGAAGGAAAGAACACUCAAAACUUUACCAUAAGGUAAUAAAUAGGUUGAUGUGGAGGUGGUAUUUAAACUCACUCAAAAAAUAUUUUAUGAAGCCAGAAAACAUCAAAUUCAAUGAUUCAUAUUCCUUCAAAAACAUUAUUUAAGAUCAAAUUUAUGAGGCUCUUUUUUGUUUUUAUUUUGUUUUUUUGUGUUGAUGGAAGUAUUUAUGUGGAACGGUCGGUGGGCCAAUUAAGCCAUACAGAUAAACUAUUUGCCAGUAGAUCAUUGAAAGUGGAAUAAAGCAGAAAUAUUGAGUCCAGAAACAUUUACUUUGUGUGCACUUCAGCGUACUGAGCCAACAACCUUUUUCAGAUUCUAUAAAAGUGCCUUAAACCUUUAAAUUAUUACCCCCCCCCCCCAAAAAAAAAAAGUUCUUCCAAGAGAAAAAGGAUCUUCACCAAAUUGUCACCAGAAAUGUUUCACAAUAUUCACUGACAUUUUAAGGAAAACAUAUCCUGGAUCCAAAACAAGAUUUAAAACCAAGACACUCACUUCCUGGAUAUGCAGGAAAUUACGCAACAAUCCUGGAUCUAUACCCUUAAUUUCUAUAAUAAAAAUUAGGGUCAUUUUAUACUCUAUUCCACAAAUUGUCAUUUAUUAUAUUUAUUUAUAAUGUUUAUUAACAGAAUCCUACUAAGCAAACAAACUAAACUAUAAACAGAAGCAAACACAUUACAUCCUUUGCAGAGAUAACCACAGGUAGAAUGGCACACAAGGUCAAUCGUUAAUUGGAGAUGCGCCAAAAUAUACACCACCUUGCACAUGCCUGAUUUGUACUUUUUAAAUUUGGGUCCAAAAAAAUACAAAAGAAUCACUAGUAUCCGCUGGAUCUGCAAUAAAACUUCAAUGCGUUCUUCCAUGGCCUUUGCGCCACUCCCAUCACAAAAUUUCUUAUAAAUCGUCUAUCUUGCAUAAUCCUCGUUGGAAGGAAACACUCAAAACUGAACUACCAUAAGGUAGUAAAUUGUUGUUGUAGUGGCAUUUAAACUCACUUCAAAAUGAAGCCACAAAACAUCCAAAUUCAAUGAUUCCAUAUGGAAGUCUAUGAAGCCGCGAAACAUCAAAUUCAAUGAUUCCAUAUGGAAGUCUAUCACCUAAUGAGUGUCGUACCGUCAUUUAUACAAUAUAUGUGGUCCAAACACUGAAGGGUUUCUGACCUGUCCAGGCUCUAGCUGCUGUACAAUUUGCUCAUGGCCCCCAGUCACUGGGAAUUGGGAAGCAUUCAGCUACCAGUGGCGAAGCGAACCAUACUGCAAACUUGUGGUUAUCACACAGGAUAUAUUUGUAACCAUUAAAUGAAUUAUAUAGUUUUUGUUACCAGGCUUGCCGAGUAAUGGAAAACAGCGUUACAUUUUCUUGUUUUUUUUUUUUUCGAUCCAUCCAUUCAUCUUCUACCUCUUAGCCAAGGUCGGGUCGGGGGGGGCAGUAGCUUUAGCAGGGACGCCCAGACUUCCCCCUCCCCAGCCACUUCAUCCAGCUCUUCCGGUGGGAUCCCGAGGCGUUCACAGGCCAGUCGAAAGACUUUCUCUCCAGCGUGUCCUGGGUCGUCCCCGGUGUCUCCUCCCGGUGGGACGUGCCCGUAACACCUCAUUAGGGAGGCAUCCGGGAGACAUGAGAAUCAGAUGCCCCAGCCACAUCAUCUGGCUCCUCUCGAUGCGGAGGAGCAGCGGCUCUACUCUGAGCUCUUCCCGGAUGACCGAGCUUCUCACCUUAUCUCUAACGGGGAACCCGGGGAACCCGGACACCCUGCGGAGGAAACUCAUUUCGGCGAUCUUGUUCUUUCGGUCACAACCCACAGCUCGUGACCAUAGGUGAGGGUAGGAACGUAGAUCGACCAGUAAAUUGAGAGCUUAAGUCUUUCAGCUUAGCUCCUUCACCACAACGGACCGAUACAAAGUCUGCCUGUUUAUUAUUUUUUUUUUUAUAGCAACUGUGUUCUGCUACAGUUACAGGGGAAAACAACUAAUCAGACUACAGGUAUAUUUCGUAAAAAAUGUGAUUAUUUUACAGGAUAACAAUUUGAAUGCAGGAGAGGCUAGUUGUUGACUUGAACCCUCGGCCGCGUUCAAGCUAGCUCGUGGAGGCAGACACACUUGUUGAGACUUGACAGCAAAACAAGUGGAUCCGUUGACACAUUACAGUAUAGCUCAAUGGGCCACUCGUAUUGAUUGUAGCCACGAUAUUGUGAGCAAACCAUGUGAUAAUUUCUUCCAAUUGCUUAAUUAGCUGAAGCUACCACUAAAUGCAAAGGUUGCCUUCAUGCGCUUGUCUUAUUUUCACUCGUUAUAACACACACUGCGACACUGCGUCAUGUGGAUGGAUUUUAAAAACGCUUUUAUGAAGCUUGGCCGCACAGUAUAACAAGUGGUUAGCAUGUCUGCCUCACAGUUCUGAGGUUGUGGGUUUGGUGCGCCGGCUUCCUCCUGAAUUUACAAGACAGAAAUGACCAGGCAAAUAUAUCUACAUAUAGAUUUUAAUGAUAUAGUUUUUAAUGAUAUAGUUUUUUGACUAUCAUAUUUUGUAUU